AUGAGUCUGACCAACCCACCUUCCUCCGGCUCGCUCUCCAGAAGGACCGCCACUGUUGGCCCGGGUCCCCUCAAACGCUCCGUCGAUGACACUUAUGAUUCCCGCCCAUCAGGAGCUCCCGGAUAUACCAGCAAAGUCCGGGUGCGAGACCGAUAUCAUAUUGUGGGUUUCAUUAGCAGCGGAACCUACGGCCGUGUCUACAAAGCUCUCGGCAAAAAUGGGCAAAAAGGCGAAUUUGCGAUCAAAAAAUUCAAGCCAGACAAGGAGGGAGAGACGAUCCAAUAUACGGGUCUGUCGCAGUCCGCCAUUCGAGAGAUGGCCCUAUGCACCGAACUCUCACACGCCAAUGUCGUCCAACUGGAAGAAAUUAUUCUAGAAGACAAAUGCAUUUUCAUGGUAUUUGAAUACACCGAACACGACCUACUCCAGAUCAUCCACCACCACACCCAGCCACAGAGACACCCCAUUGGCGCCCGGAUGGUCCGGUCAAUUCUCUUCCAGCUACUCAACGGGCUACUAUACUUACACACAAACUGGGUCCUGCACCGAGAUCUCAAACCAGCCAACAUCCUCGUCACAUCCAGCGGCGCCAUUCGCGUCGGCGAUCUAGGCCUAGCCCGACUCUUCUACAAACCGCUCAACUCGCUCUUCUCCGGCGACAAAGUAGUCGUCACAAUCUGGUACCGAGCACCAGAACUCCUCCUCGGAAGUCGACACUACACACCCGCAGUCGACAUGUGGGCCGUAGGCUGCAUAUUCGCAGAACUGCUCUCCCUCCGCCCAAUCUUCAAAGGCGAAGAAGCGAAAAUGGACAGCAAAAAGACCGUCCCCUUCCAGCGCAACCAAAUGAUGAAAAUCGUCGAAAUCCUCGGCCUUCCUCGCAAAGAGUCCUGGCCUGGUCUCGUCUCUAUGCCUGAAUAUACGCAGCUCCAAUCAAUGGUCCUCCACCGACAGCCACCACACUACCACCGCGGAGCAAAUCUGGAGGGCUGGUACCAGAAUUGUCUCAAGAAUGGCGGAUACUCGUCCAGUUCGAGUGUUGGCACGCCUGGAACUGAUGGAUUCAAUCUGCUCUCCCGUAUGCUGGAGUAUGAUCCCACCAAGCGAAUUACCGCCGAAGAAGCCCUGCAGCAUCCUUAUUUCUCGAAUGGCGGCCCCGUUAGUGGUGAUUGCUUUGAUGGUAUUGAGAGCAAAUACCCCCACCGUCGUGUCACUCAGGACGAUAACGAUAUUCGCUCCGGUAGUCUUCCAGGAACCAAGCGUAGUGGCUUGCCUGAUGAUUCUUUGAUGCGAGCCUCGAAACGACUUAGGGAGUGA